UUCGUAAUUGUACACAAAAGGCCUUAGUUAUUAGUUUUCUGGAGAAGUGACUUACCUUUGAAUUAGUCGUUGAAGGUAAAAUGGAAUCGAAAAGCAUCGACAGAGAAGCCGUCUUAAAAUCACUUGUCCUGAACAAUUCAACCACAGAUGGCCAGCCUAGAAAGAGAAAAAGACUUGACAAUUUAUCUGCCGAAGAAAGGGCUCUUCGAAGAAAACUGAAGAACCGAGUCGCAGCUCAAACUGCUCGUGACAGAAAGAAGGCUCGAAUGACAGAACUAGAAGAACUGGUUGCGCAUUUAGAGAAAGAGAACAGAACCCUUCGCUUGGAUAAUGAAAGUUUGAGGAAACACUCGGAAGCUGUAACAAUCGAAAACUCGGAGUUAAGAGUCCGACUUGGUCUUACACCCCCCGUGUCACCAGCUCCAGUGUCUACAAAUUACCCACCAACCUCAGAAGCCAGUCCAGAUACUAAAUACAGUCCAGUUGUGAUCAAGAAAGAAGCAGAAUAUAACGAGUAUGCAUCACUCUCAGUUUCUCAGCAGCAGGAACGCCUGAUUCUGUUUCUUUCUCUGAUCACGACUUGGAUGAUGAUCAACAACAGCAUGACAUGGAUUUUGGCCUUUUUGAACUUGAUGGGGAAGGAGACUGCCUCACACUUAUUCAGCCCAAACAAGAAGCCACAGCAGCCCCAACCUGCUGUCAACUCAACACCAACCCAGAUGCAAAAGAGGAAGUCAGAACCACAGAUGGCACAGUCCCAGAAUCAAGCAGCAGUGACAUAACAGUAGCAGACUUAGUUGGAAUGGAAUGCGAGUCUUUGGACUCUUUGGAUGAUCUCUGGAACCUGAAAGAUUUCUCCAAGGAGUUCAAAGACCUAAAUGCGGAACCUGAAAUGUUAGGGUGUGAAAUGUGGGAGGAGACCUUCACAGAAGUAUUGUUCCCAUCACUUUUGGUUGUCUGAGCAUGUUGUGUUAAGUCAGACUGUUGAGGAGUAGAUAAGACAAAUGUAAUCUGCACCCACUGUCAAUAGACAAUGAGCACUACAUUAUUCUAGUAAGCAGCACAAUAACUAGCUGCUGUUUAGGAAAGGAGUCAAGAGAAAGAAUGUGCUGGCUCAGUAGGGUGGCCAAAAGCAAGGCCACUCAGCACCAUGCUUAGUGAAGGUGAAGGUGAACGACAACUUAUGUUGUGAGAUGGUCAGUAAUCAUCAGACCAUCAAAGACCAUCCAGUUAUAGAAAGAGCUACAGAAUUCCUCUAAAACACCUUUCAACUCCUAUUACAAGGACUAGUGAGUUUUUCUUAAGUGAAGAAAUGUUUCCUUUGUAUUUACACUCACUAGUUAGAACAUUUUUGUAGUUAUCCAAGAUGUUCAAUUAAUUACAAGAGUGGUCUUACAGUUGUAGGCAAAAUAAUUUGUUAUGACCUCUGUUAUGAAUAGAUUUUGUAUAUAAAAUAAGAACACAAUUCUGUGAAGGUUUCCUCAUAGGUUACUAUUACUGUUAAAUAGUAGUAGUCUGGCACUGAGUAAUUAAAAAAGAAUUGGGUGA